AUGAUGAACACCACCGUCGUCAAGAAGCUCAACCCCAUCCUCUUGUUAACCAUCGCGAUAUCGACAAUCGCUGUGUCGGGAUAUUCAGUACACACCAUCAACCGAUUGGGCAACGGCAAGGCCCUGAAGGUGCACUGCACCCUCGAUCUGUCGAUGGACAUGGGCGAGCAGACCGUUGCAGACGGCGGCUCAUAUGAGUGGAAGUUCAGCGAGGACCCGAGCCACGACACUCAGUUGCUGUGCAACGCGAGCACGCUUGGGGCCGACGUGCUUCACUUCGCAGCGUACGUCCAGCGUAGGGACCCAUGCGUCACCACUUGCGACUGGAAGUUCACAGGCGGCGGGGUUUUCCAUUUGGUCGAUGGGCAGUGGGAGUUUUACUUCUCCUGGCCCAGUGAUAUUGCACUGUUCAAUGGAAGUGAUUCUAAUGUAUUAGGACCUGAGCAUCUUCUCUUCUGA